AUGACUGAAAUUGACCAGUCUAUUCUGGAUGAUGUUGACAUGUACCAUGACGAAAAUGAUACUAGUAAUGAAGAUGAAUCUGUUAGCAGUUCAGGAUAUACUAUGGAGUCUAUGGAGCUUGAUAAUACUAUUUUAUAUAAGUGCGCAUGUAAUUUUGAGGACUGUGAGAGUGAAGCUCACAUUUACGACAGCAGCCAAAUCAAUACAAAUACUUUUACCAAGGCCAAGUUGAUGAGUAUUCAUCUGUCUCAAUUGAUGCUACAGCAUAGAAUUGCUAGAGCAGCAUAUAGAGACAUUGUUCAAUUUAUAAACACUGUCAUCGGAGACCGUGACGAUAUAAUGAUAGAACCUGGGGCUAAGAUCAGUCAUGGCAAAACUGUUGAUGCUUUGCUCAAGUCAAAGUCAAGUGUCAAGGGUCAUGAGUAUGAUGUCUACUCUAGUGGUUGUCAAUUGUAUGGCAUUAAUGACAAUCAGGAAUCUUGUGUUGACUGUGGCAAACCGCAAUACAAGACUGAUCCAAAUCAAAGUCAGACAUCAGCUGCCAGUAUGAAACUUAUGUUAGUUGGGAAUAUGCUUUCUCAAAUGUUGGCAGAUCCAGCCACAAGAGAACUUCUCUGUUACAGAGCAAACUGGGAAUCUGUAGCUGUUCAGCUAACCGACAUUUUUUAUAGUGACAAUUAUAAGCAGUUAGUGCAGCAGGACCUGUUCUCCAAUCCCAAUGAUAUUGCCAUUGGGCUUUAUACCAAUGGAUAUACCAACAAAUACCUUUUGCAACUGGCAAUCUUGCCUGGCCCCAAGAAGUCAACUCAUUUGGACUCCUUUCUUAUACCCAUCAUCAAUGAAUUGGGAGAUCUUGAGGCACAUGGCUUGGUUGUCAAGCACAAUGGAGUGGAGCUUUGCAGAUCCAAGGUCUAUCUGCUGCUUGCUUCUGGCGAUAUUCCAGCUGUAGCUGAUAUGGCCCACAUUGGUUCCUAUACAAGUUUAUUUGGUUGCCGUUUUUGUGAGACCAAAGGCAAAUGUUCUACUAACAGAUGGCACGGCAUGUACUUUGAUGACAUUUCCGCCCAGUUAAGACCUUUGGAAGACUUCAAAGUAGGCAACCCUCCAAGCAUAUAUACCCAACUCUCAACCUUCUCUGGAUCAUCAUUUUUUGCAUUAGAUGAACUUUAUUUAAUUGCAAGAGAGAUUAGAAAGCUUGUGUAUGACCUGAUUACUGUCCCCCUCACAAAGGAAACCAAAUUUUAUUAUACCCAUCCAGACAAUACCCUCAACACCACUGAAUACCCUUUUUAUAUACCAAGAGCAGACCUUGUAACAAUUGGAAACUUUCAGAAUAAUACCCUGUCUUGUAGUGUUUUCCGAUCAGUGCAACAUUACUUGGUGCAUACACCCUAUAUCAUCAAGCAGCAAGGCCCCCUGCAAUGCUACUCCACUCACUCAAUGGAGAGAGUAAUUGGUGUCUUCUCGAAAUUGAUAAAGUCCAAAUCAAAGGGUGGCCAAAAUGAUAGUUUUCUCAUCGAGCAAUUUGUGAUUCACAAUUAUACCAGCAUGGCAAUCAGCAUCUGUGAUGAAAUCAAUCUCAUUUGGACAAAGCCGUAUGGAAGAGAAAGCUACAUGGACCUUUCUAAUGAUCCUAGUGGCGGCCCUAGUGUAAAGGAAGCUUUAUUGAAAUAUUACCAAAGAACAACAGGCUUGACUGGCCACAAGUUUGGUGACUCUGUUGUUGUUGUAGCUGCACAUCUGUGGAUGGACUCGACUGUAUAUUCCUUAUGCAUGUACCGAAGAAAGAAAAAUGAGACUAGUUGUGGCAACUAUUACAUGAUGUUAACUUGCCCCUAUAGAAACAACUGUAAUGUCAUUGUUCACAGCUGGCUCAUUGGUACAGUACAGUUCUACUUUCAGCAUGUAGAUUUUCAUGGCUUCCCACACUUUCUUGCUUUCAUAGAGGUCAUGAAGAAAUAUAACGCGACUGGCCAUGACUCAUCAUUGGUCUGGUUCAAUACCCACCAAAUGGAAACCAGUUUUAUGUAA